AUGUCCCCGACACACUCAACUUCCAGUAUCGAGGAAGUUCCCUCGGUAGAAGAGAUACAACCCCAAAGAACCAAAUCACGCCGAUCUGAAGCAGGAAAUGACCUUCAUUUGGUUCAAAGUCACCUAUCCCAUCAUGAUAUGCCGGUCACCAACGACGACGAAGAAUUCCACGAGGUUGACGCCGACCAAUAUCUACGCUUCUCGCAUACCCGCAAGAUAAUCAUUGUUGCUGUAUUAUCUUUCUGUUCAUUUCUCGCUCCUAUUUCCUCGACAUCAAUUCUGUCAGGUGUUCCGGAGGUCGCAGUGACCUAUAAUACCACCGGAAGUAUUAUCAACGCCAGCAAUGCCUUGUACCUGGCGUUUAUGGGUAUCGCGGCUCCUUUCUGGGGUCCAUUUAGUCAAGUGUGGGGACGGAGACCGAUCUUCCUUACAAGCGCUUUUCUCUUCUUUGCCUUUAGCAUUGGCACUGCGCUAGCUCCAAAUCUCCCAGCAUACUUUAUCUUCCGUGUUCUCACUGCCUUCCAAGGAACGUCUUUCUUGGUCGUAGGCAGUUCUGCCAUUGGUGAUAUCUACGAGCCUCGUGCUCGUGCUACAGCACUAGGCUGGUUCCUAUCAGGUACCCUCAUCGGACCAGCAUUUGGACCUUUUAUCGGCGGUGUCAUUGUCACAUUCUGCUCCUGGAGAGUAGUAUUCUGGCUCCAAACGGCACUAGGCGGCCUCGGCACGCUACUGGUAUUCUUCUUCUUCCCAGAAACAUACUUUCACCUCGCCAAAGCAGACCCAGCCCAGAAGUGCACCAAACAAAAAGCCAAGUUCCUUUGGCACCGUGUCAACCCCGCGCGCGUUGGAAUUCUUCUCUUCUCUUACCCGAAUCUUUUUUUCGCAGGCCUAGCCGCUGGCGCUCUAGUUUGGAACCAGUAUUCCCUUCUGACACCUAUCCGCUAUGUCCUCAACCCCCGCUUCCAUCUGACAAGUCCAAUUGAGUCGGGCCUUUUCUAUAUCGCGCCUGGAUGCGGGUAUUUAGUGGGUACGUUCAUGGGGGGACGAUGGGCGGAUCACACAGUGAAGAAAUGGAUCCGCAAGCGUGGGGGUGUUCGUGUCCCUGAAGACAGAUUGAAAUCCUGUCUCGUGUUCCUCGGCAUCGUCAUCCCGGGUUGCAUUCUUGUUUAUGGCUGGACUGUUGAGAAGGCCGUUGGCGGGAUUCCGGUGCCGGUACUUGCGAUGUUUAUUCAGGGUGUUGCGCAGCUCUUUUGCUUUCCCAGUUUGAAUACCUUCUGUCUGGAUGUGAUGCAGUCUUCGGGUCGAAGUGCUGAGGUCGUUGCCGGUAAUUAUAUGUUCCGAUAUGUCUUUGCUGCGAUUGGCUCUGGUGUGGUACUUCCAGCCGUUGAGGCUAUCGGCGUUGGAUGGUUCAGUACCAUUAGUGCUUUGUUUCUUGUUGUCGCGGGUCUGUGUGUCUGGGCCACUACUAUUUUCGGGGACAAGUGGAGACAGCAGGUUGAUGCUAAGAAUCAGCGGAAGGCGGGCAUUACUGGGGAGCAGCCCUCUCAACCAGAUAGUGAGAAGAGAGCCGAGGUCUAA